CAACUCUUUCCUAAUGUGGAUAAUUACAAACUGUGGAUCUGACUUUUCUCUGGAUUUCACUUUUUGAAUCCACUCCCGAGGUGACAGAAGAAGGAACCGGGGCUCUCACCUGCACACCGGGGUCUUCCUCUUCCUCUCCCCGUCGGACCCGCGGCCUCCCCCGGCCUCGCCUCGCGGUCCUUCCGCCUCCUCCGGGAGCAUGAUGUCUUAUCUCAAGCAGGCCCCGUACGGGAUGAGCGGACUGGGCCUGAGCGGAGCCGCCAUGGACCUGCUGCACCCGUCCGUGGGCUACCCCGGGCACCCGCGCAAGCAGCGGCGGGAGCGCACCACGUUCACGCGCACGCAGCUGGACAUCCUGGAGUCUCUGUUCGCCAAGACGCGCUAUCCGGACAUCUUCAUGAGGGAGGAGGUGGCGCUGAAGAUCAACCUGCCCGAGUCCCGAGUGCAGGUGUGGUUUAAGAACAGACGAGCCAAAUGUCGGCAGCAGCAGCAGAGCAGCAACAGCUCCAAGGUCAAACCCCUGAAGAAGAAGUCGUCUCCCACCAGAGAGAGCACUGGUUCUGAGAGCAGCGGCCAGUACACGCCACCGCCCCCGGUGUCCACCACCUCCUCCGCCUCCUCCGCCUCCUCGUCCUCCUCCGUCUCCUCCGGUCUCAGCGGUCCCGGUCUCCUCAGCACCUCUUCCUCCGUCACCGCCCCGGUGUCCUCCAUCUGGAGCCCGGCGCCCAUCUCCCCGGCCCCGGCCCUGGCCACGCUCCCCGACCCGGCCGCCCCCCCCACCAGCGCCUCCUGCAUGCAGCGCUCCGGGACGUCCUCCGGGGGGGCGCCGUCCUACCCGGUGUCCUACGGCCAGACGGCGGCGGCGUACAGCCAGGGCUACCCGGCCUCGGCGUCGGGCUCCUACUUCGGGGGGGUGGAGUGCGGCUCCUACCUGUCGCCCAUGCACUCCCACCACCACCACCCGCACCACCCCCACCAGCUCAGCCCCAUGACGGGCAGCUCCAUGUCGGGACACCCCCACCACCACAUCGGCCAGACGUCAGGGCACCACCACCAUCACCACCACCCCCCGCACCACCAGGCCUACAGCGCGCCCGGCCUGGCCUUCAACUCCACAGACGCUCUGGAUUACAAAGAGCAGGCGGCCUCGUCGGCCUGGAAGCUCAACUUCAACGCCUCCGACUGUUUGGACUACAAGGACCAGGCCUCCUGGCGCUUCCAGGUGCUGUGACUCCUCCCCCUCCGCUUCUUCUUCUGCGCUUUGAAACCAGUGCUCGGCAAACUAACACUAGAGGCAUUUAACAUGAGGUGUGUCUGUGACCGAGCUGGGAGCUCCUCCACCAGGAUUACUUUCCUCUUCCAGAACUCGAGACACUUGUAGAACUUCAGAUCGUCUCGGUUUGUCUGAAGGAGAAAGAAAAGCAUCGGUUCAGAUCCCGGGAGCAAGAGAACCAGGAGUGAGACUCAGGUUCGGACACGAUGCUGCUUCUCACGUCUCGUCCAGGCCGCGGGGGGGGGACUGAUCACAGCACUUGUUUGUGAGCUGAAGACUUUUUACUAUUUGUUCUUUUCAGAAAGAGAGAAAAUAAAAAAUGUGAAUGAGAUUAUUCCUCUGUUGACAGAUGUACACGUUUGUGUCUUUAUAAUAAAAUCUUGUUAAAACAUGAGCCGACCAAUAAAAGACAAGUUUGAUUCAACUGAA